AGACUCUCACUGCUGCAAUAGACAUCAACUUUACUCGUCAUUCGGGUGACAUUGACAACAACUUUCUGCUGAGUAAUAGCUAAUUCUUCAAGUUUCUUGUUUUCUUCAAUAACUCAAUAUUGUCACAGUGACAUUCAGUCGUGUGACAAUCAAUAUACGUUAGUGUUUUCAGACAGAAUUAGGCCUGCUCGCGUAGCCAAUUUCCUGGGCGUCUGCCCCUGGUUUCGAUGUUCCCGCAAUCCAGCGGGUGUUAAGAUCCAUGGAAGUGGCCGGUUUCUACGACAGGGAUUGCUUUGCUUUCCAGAGUACAAACUACAUUAUCAGGCCCAUUAGCGAUAACAGCACUUGUAAGCAGCCCAUUGACGGCUCGAUGACGGAGCUUGGCAUAGCCGAGAACGAGAAAGCGAUAGAUUUCAGUGUCUACUUGGAUCCUCCUGCUGCGCACUGUCAACAACUGGCAACACAAAACGAAACUCAUCAGAGAGGGGUAGACAUAUUCGCAGAUUUCCUUGCCGAGGAAAGCAGGAUAAAGAGACGUUCAUCAUUACAACAAAACUACAGAAACUACAUAUCUCUCAACGAGCGGGAGACAAGUGUGCACGAGCAUAGAGAGCCAUACGUCCUGGGCUAUCCUGAACUGCAGGAGACCCGUGUGGACACCGUGUUCAGCCCGGAGUUUCUUGGGAACCACUUUAAAUCCGGUGAAAGAGACGAGUCUCAAGAGGACCCAAGAAUGGACAACGGUUCAACUGGCUACGACAUGAGGUAUCUUCAUUACCAGUCGACUCCAAGUGGCAGCCUUGGUAACAUUUCCACUGCAUCCUCGUCUUCCUCCAGUCCACCCGGUACACCUGCACUGUCAGGUAAAUGCACGUCGCCUUCGCGGGGCGGGAAAAUGUCGUCUGGUGUCAAGGGGAAGAAGCGACUGGAAAAGAACAGUGAGGAAUAUAAGCAGAGGCGGGAGAGGAACAACCUUGCUGUUAGAAAGAGCAGGGAUAAAGCCAAAAUGCGCAAUACGGAGACGCAACACAAAGUGCUGGAACUGGCCGCAGAGAAUGAUCGUUUACAAAAACGCGUGGAGCAGCUGUCAAGAGAACUUGCCACCCUGCGUAACUUGCUUUCUGCCACUGGUUAGUUAGUGUAAGCCACACCGGAGUGCCCACACACCGCUGGAAACCGGUACUUUAUCAGGCACUGACUUAAAAACCCAUGUAUUGCUGUGCCAUAAUUCUGAAAAAGUGAUUCCAAUAUGUUACGUUUGUGUACAGAAUCUAUAUGUGGAAAAAGCCCCCAACAGUUUACAAGACACGUCGUGAUUAAGCACAGAAGGUGCAUGGAAUGUGCAACCAUUCAUGAUUCUUGACUUGUCACCUUCAUUCUGUGUUUAUUCAUUUUGUGUAUGCAGUAUUUCUGUAAGGGCUUUGUAUUUUAUAUAGAAUAUUGAUAAAUAUUCUGUUAUUUAAAAAUACCUUUCUUUAUCUGGAGCAGUGGUUAUCAAGGGAAGUGUUGUAGCCCACUGCAGAGGUAUGAUGCAACUCUUUGUAACAGUAUUGUCAAUGAAUUAAGUCAUCUCUUAAUAUGAUGAAAAUGUACACAUGUUUUAAUGGUACUUGAUAUUUUAUUGAAUUAAACAGAUUUAUACUUUGAUAUUA